AUGCCGUGCCGAGCCGUGUCGGGCCGGACCGGGCAGUCGAGGGUCCUUUCAGCAUUUGGACAGCGUCACGGGGUCCGUUCCUCAAGGGAUGGGGGGCACCACCAAGAGGGGACUCGGGUGGCGGGGUGUGUGGGGGGGCUGGCCCCGCUCUCCCCCCCGGAGAAGCGCUUCUCGAGGCCGGGGGAAGAGUGGGGCGCCCGGUGGGGCGGCCAGUGCGGGCAGAGCCUGCCGGCGGCGGCAGCUCCCGGCCAGCGACCAGAGCCGGCACCGGCAGCAGCCGGGAAGACGCACGGAGCCGGGGCAGAGCCGCCUCCGCCGCCCCCGCCGGCCCGCGCCUGGGGCUGGGGGCUGCGGGGGCCACCGCUCGGCCGGGGGCAGCCCAGCCCGCCCCUCCGCCCGCCCCGGGGAGGGGAAUGGCCCCGCCGCCCGCUUCUCCCGGGACCGCCGUCCUGCCCUCCGCAACGGCAGCAGAACAUGACUGAGAGUUCGUGGAGUGGGAUGCCUUGGGAAGGGCUGGGACGUCUCCACCUGAGCAAGGAGAGAUCCCAGUGAGUGGACAAGGGACUUUUGAAGCCUGUGAGUUCCUUCUUCCAGUUGGCUACCACCUGCCUGGACUUGCCAUCUGACUUCUCCGAGUUUCUCCAGGAGGGUCCCAACCUGCUUCUCCAUUGGCCCCAGAGAGGAGACAGCUUUGUCGCGUGAACACAGUGGAUUUCUGCAUCACUUUGAAACACAGCGGUGCAGCCGUGGGGAGGGAGCCAGGGCAACACAGGGAGCCAAGGGAUCAUCCCACAUCAUUCCUGUAUGUUGCCUUCAGUGCCCUCAAUACCCCAGAGCAGGACCAAAGUGCUUAGGCAGAGAGACCUGAGCCAGUCACUGUCUCACCUGGUGAAAUGCCAGGUGUGUGAAGUUUGGAGGGAGCUUUUAGCCUCCAGCUUUGCUCAUGGAGCAGAGCUCGGCCCUUGCUGCUCUUGAUCCCUGGGUCUGUGGAGCUGUGGGAGUGCAGCCUUCCCAAAGACACUGUGCUUGGGGCCCAGAAGACCAUGAGCUUUUCCAGGCCAGGCAGCCCUGCUGCUGUUGUACUGCACCCUCUCUGUUCCUGUAAGAGAAAUGUACUGCCUGUAAUUCUCUCCCAUUCAAAUCCUCCCAACCCCAUGCACUGUUGAAAAUAAACUCUUCUUUUGCAAAAGUGA